AUGUUUGAGGUGAAAAAGAGUCUGUUUAGUCUUCUACUUGCUCCUGCCUUUCUGGGUAAGGGAAAUGCAGAUAUAAGCAAAUCAAUACGAGAAAAAGUGUAUAGGUCACUCUUCGUAUAUGCUACUCGACCAUUUGGACUGGGAUCGAGAAUAUCGGUUGAAAACUACUCAGGGACAGUGGCUGGCGUGAAUCUGCUCUACGUCAAACUCAGAAACAGAAGACAAACCAUUUAUGUGCCAACAUCAUUCAUAUACGACAAAAUAAUCAUCGAGAACAACUGA